AUGAGUGAUUUGAUUUCCUUAAAAAUAACCAUCAAGGACGAUGCCAACUAUCUCCUGUUUGGCGAUAGAAUUUGUCGCGAUGUGAAGGAGUUGGAAGCAUUUUGCAAAAACCGUUUCCAGGAUUUGCAGAAAAAUGUGGACGAAUUCCGCUACUACUGGAUCGAUGAUGAUGGAGACGAGAUCCGUGUUAAAACGGACGAAGAUUAUCGCAGCUUUCUGCAAGCGAUGGCCAAUACCAAGGCUCGUCUUUACGUCGUCGGGAAAAACGUGACGGUGGACGAACCGGGCAAUCAGGAAGAAUCUGACGCUGUACAGGCUGGGACCGGUGAUGACGCGCCGGUGCAAAACCAUGCAACUGGUGGUGUUUUGCCCGUGCACCAGCACGUCAUUUGCGAUGUGUGCGACAAGGAAAUCGUGGGCCACCGCUAUAAAUGCCUGACCUGCCAUGACUAUGACCUGUGCAUGAGCUGCGAAGCCAAGUUCCGCCACAAGGACCAUCUGAUGUUGCGCAUCCCGAAACCGGCCAUGGUGGUACGGUCGCAAUCAACGGUUACCCGGCUGUUCGUCAAGCUGCGUAUGUACGCGGCUCGUAUUACCAGCAACAUGGAGAAAGAGUCCGCCGGUCCAGAGCCAGAAGUUAGUUUCGGUCCGGGCAAUGAGGUCACCAGCGACGCCAAUGGUAUGAAACGCGCAAAUGCACGAAGCGGACAUCGCUACAAGCAAAGCGAGGAAAGCCGUACCAAUACCACCGAGCCAUCGAAGCCUUCUCGCAGCGGUAAAACGAGCGUUGGUGCCGACCGUAAGCAAAUAAGCUUUGCUGAUGAGUCCUCCGGCGAACGUAGUACGAAGGAGUCGAAGGAGAAGCCAUCACCGCGUCCUACGGUAUCGGAAAUGACUCAACGUUGUCGUGACGUGAUGGUCAUGUAUCUGAAUUCGACGGAAGCUAUGGAUUCCAAAGGUAAUCCCGUCCCUUGGAGUACCACGGAUCAUGUAGCCGUAGCCAACAUGGCCGCUGCAACAGCUACCGCAGCCGCAGCAAGGGCCGCUGCCGUUGCCAAAAAGGCAUUGCAAAUGGCUGCAAAGGCCGAACGAAAAACUGUUCAACAGAUGGAACCGACACAGGAAGAAUUGACACAAAUGCUGCGCCACGCAACUGCCACAAUGAAACUGUCGCAGAAACGCGCGGCUCCAACUACUGCACCGCCGCCUGCAACAUCUGCAAUGCCGGUUCCAAUUCUGCCAUUCUUCAAUCUUCCUUGGCCCUCUCAGGAGAAGCUGAUGGUUGCAAGCGAAAACGUGUCGAAGCUGUUGGAUCCACUCGGGUUAAGCUUCGAGAUACGUCAUAAAUCAGCGGCUGAGCCAUCAACAUCUGGCGGUGUUUCAGCGUCAUCAACAACAACAACAACAACGCUCGCUGAUGCAGGUUCAUCGUUGUCGUCAACGAAGAAACAAGAAGAGGCUAACGAACCUCUUGAUAAGAAACAGGACGUGCCAUCCUUAACAAAGGAGCCAGAGCAGGUGGCGACAUUCGAGACGGUUGCGAAGCCGUCUAGUGCUGCCCAAGAUCACAAAGGAAAAGCAGGAACUGAGAAAUCAAUUUCAGACAUAAAAGAAGAGCUGAACAAUCCGUUUUCCAGCAUGUUUCUCGAAUACGGUUCGGAAGGUGUGAACAAACCGGAAACGACGACCGUAGAGAAUGAGGCAUAUGAUGAAGAUGAUUCGCAAAACAAUUCUUCCGCUUCUCUGCUGACAGAUGACGAUCAAGAUUUGCUGGAAGUGUAUGAAGAGGCGAACGAAAACCCUGCCUCAUCAUCAGCUAAGCCACCGAAAUUGGCCGAAAAAUGCUGGACCCUGAUCGACCUUCCGCACGAAAACGGCGAAGAAACAAUUGCUGCUAACGUUGCUCCGCCUGGCGCUAUUGCGAAGCUGAUCGGACAAGAUAUUUCGUCCACUACUAUCGAUAAGGAGGAAUCGGCUCAGCCGCCCAAACCGUUGCUUUUGAGCAAGGAAAAGAAAGAGAAGUCACCGGAAGAAUCGAAACUAAAGGAAAUGAAAAAUGUUCGUAAAAUUAUCGCCGCCGCCGAGCAAAAGGAAGAACCGGAACCAGUCAUCUGCCGCGAUGAAGGAAAUCAUGAAAUUGUUAACACCCGCUUCCUUGGCAGCGGCACCGUCAUCAUCGUCCGCGGCCGGUUCCUCAUCCUCCGCUGGUCGUUCGGCAAAGAAUUCCCGCAAAUCGAGCACCGCCCAGAAGGACUGCACCAUCUACAGUCAUCGCCCGCACGUUAACCAUGCCAUCCACACUAUGAUGACGAUGGGUUUUAGCAACCACAACGGUUGGCUAACCCAACUGCUGGAAUCACUGAACGGAGACAUCCCGAAGGCACUCGACCUGUUGCUGAUGCAUCGCCAUU